AUGUUUAAGGAUACAGACUGUCAACUACUGUCGUCAUCACGGGCUGAAGUGACGCUACAGCGCAUGCCUGGAUACACUUAUUAUGACAUCAUACCUUGGCAGGUAAUAACUACGUUUUUCUGAUCGGUUUUAUGCCAACACGAAAACAAUAUACAGCAGUACAUGUACAUUACACGGUAGAUAGACCUAAUCUUCAGUUAACUAUUUGCAUGGUAUGUAAGUAUAUUUAUGUAAAUACCACAACUCGGUCACGAACUUGUAUAGCCUAGCCUUCCAACAACUCAAAUCUAUAGGGUUUGCGAUAUGCCAUCCAUUGGGCAUUGGGAAUUUUUUAAGAUAUUUUACAACAAAAUGUUUAGCAUUUCUAAAAAGACAUUGAACCAUUUCAUUCAUUUGCAGACAAAACACAUGACAUAAGAUUCGCAAAGCAAGGUUCAAUCAGUACUAGAAUAUUACACCUCCAUUCCAUUUAUAUUCCAUUUUUCUUCCAUUGUUUUGCUAAUAUAUUAGAGGAAAGGGGCCUUGACUACGUGGGUCAAAAUGUUUGACUGGGGGUUGAGGGGGGGGGGGCACCGUAAGGGCUGGAGGGAGGGAAUUUGACUUCUCCCCAGCUUUUUAAUUAAAAAAGCCAUGACAUCUUAUACAACUGACAUCGAAAGACCUCAUUUAUGAGAACCUUGUAGCGGUAAAUGACGUCACAGUUCUUUUUUCUUAUUCCACAGAGAACAAGUUGUCCCAUAGGCAUAGAUUGUUGCAAACAAAACCCAUGCCUCCACGGAGGGGCUUGUGAACCACCGACCGAUGCCGGUGAUCCCACGAUCCGUUUCCGAUGUCUCUGUCGUGAAGGUUACGGCGGCAAGCAAUGCCAGUAUCGAAUCAGUUGCUCGGGUUAUUUGGACACUGUGACAUCUCGCACGAAUGGGAUUUACACGAUGGUGAACCCUAACACAAGAGAACCUUUUCAGGUACGAGACGUACGCCCGUAUUAUAAAAGCUCACUCACACUCAAUGAGUGGAAGUUCAAUCUGAGCUUCUCUCGAGUGUCAUUGCUGUUUUUGAAUAGCUGGAGGGUUAGUGUCGUACCUUACUAUGUGACUACUCACCUUCCAGCUAUUCAAAAACAGCAUUGAUACUCAAGAGAAGCUCAGAUUGAGUGAGCUUUUAGAAUACGGACGGUAGGUCAAAGUGUGCUGAUAAACGAGGCACUAAAGUGCACUGGACCGGUCAUUAUUUAUACCUGUGGUUGGUACCGAAGAGAAGCGAAAAACAGAGUAAAUUUUUUAUUUACCCAACCUCAGCAUUGGUCAAAAUAAUGUUUACCGAACCCAUUUCUACUGUACUUCAUAAUAAUUAAACACACAAGAUUAUGGUGACAGAAAUCAAGUUGCCUAAAUUUUAAAACUUCACUCACACUCAAACUUACUGAGUGUACCAAAGCAAACACGUUCCUGCAGAUCAAGGAUAUAUUCCUUCCUCAAUCACUGAUGGUCUAUAUAUUAUGGUACAGAAUGUAUUGUACACAUUUUUCUUCAUAUUUUCAAAUGCAUGCAUGGUAAUUUUGGUUUUACUAGUUUUAUAGCUGACAGACAGCGACAAGUUUUUUACCCAACACAUGAGCUAGUCAAAAACGUGAUUACCCAACCCAUAUCUCUUCGGUACCAACCCCGGGUUUAAAUAAUGAACGGUCCCUAAGGGACCUUUCAUUAAUUGUGGGGGUGGCAUCUGAAGAGAAAAGGGUUGGGUAAACGCAAUUUUGAGUCAGUAAAACGUUGGGUAAUUGAAAAACAAAACAACUCAAGCGUUGGAAAAUAAAAAUUUAGACAGGGUUACCAACUUUAAUAAAGCUACAACACAAAAUUACAACACAAGAUCAAUGCGUUCCAAACCAUCCUUACACACUUUCCGAUUCCAGAGUAAAUAAAACUAGACUAUGGAUAUGUGUAAAUAUAAAAUAUUUAGAAAUCAUGACAGUUUAUUGUUAAAUACUACCUACGCUGAACCGUAUACGUUUUGAGAUAACUUUCUCAGAUGAUUCAGACACAGAUAGAUAUCAUCCUAAAUAUCUAUUUCUUCAUCGUAUUUUUAGGUGUACUGUAGAUUCGAUUAUGUGGGUAAAGCGUUCAUUUCAAUGACAUUAAUUCAAUCCUACGCGCUUCGAAACGUAUCCCAAAUCAAGCCUUUUACCCAAAACGCACCCAUCAACGAAAAUGAUGUGAAUUUCCAAGCUUGCCGGUUGUCCAAAGCAAACAUGAAAGUUCUCCCAAACUCUGCUGUCAGGUGGGUAGCAACUUGCGAUUUCGAAAAAACUGGCUGGAGUGUAGAUACCGAUUUCGUACAAGCAACACUCAAUAAUUUUAACCUACUGGAGGAUAACAAUGCUGUCUCAAAAUGCGUCAUGGUGAAAAAAAUGGUAAUCCGGGGUGAACAUAUAAUCCAGGCCUCAACCUGUUCUAAAUGUGAAAUACCAGUUACACAGACAGUUUCCUACCCAUUUCAUGUUAAUACUGACCGAGCUUCAAUCGAUAGCUGUGAUAGCCCCAUACCUACGGAGAUAGCGGACUGUGACGAAGAUAGUUUUGGAUGGUAUCAAUGUGUAAAUACAAAUCACAGCUGUUCAGCUUCACCGGAGUCAACAACACAAAUUUGGUUAAAAUAA